GCACUUGAAACCCUAAUAGGCCUGCUCCAUGCAGACGUGGCAGCGCCUGAGACAGCAGAUCGCAGCUCGCUCUGGUGCUGCCACUGCUGGUUUCAUGGCGUCGCAAUCCGUGAAGCAAAGAUCCAGCAGACAGCGCAGGGACUGGCUGUCGGGGAGACGGGCGCCUAAGCACAUCAGGACGCAGGUUUACAAGCUGGCCGACUUAUUCCUCUACCUUCGUUAUUUCACAAGUGAAAGAGGUAUCUGAGGGAGUCGCCAAUGCAUCAAAUUGAAAGAUCUAUCAACACUUUGCAGACACGUCCUAAAGCUUUGCACUAAAAAAGGGGAACUUCCUGUUUUGGUGGUUGGUUCCUUGGAGAGCUUCAUCUCUGACUGGCGCUGAUUGUGCAUUUGUCAGCAGACCAUCAGUGUUGAAAAGAAGAUCUGAGCAGACAGGAUGCAGUUCUGGGGCCAUGAACUGGACACCGGUUUCCUUCUGGGACUGCUCAUCUCCGUGGCCUCCGCAGUUGUGGGAGUUUUUAUGCUGUGGACAGAGAACCGGCGCCUUUCAGACUUGAGGAGACAAGAUGCAGAAGAAGCGAGGAGGAAAGCAAUCGACGCCCGAUCUCCAAGUAUCAAAGGAGAGCUGACAUAUGCAAAAGAAGUAGAGAGCAAUCCCGAUGUGAUCAUUGUUGGGGCUGGGGUGGCGGGUGCGGCGCUUGCAUACUCGCUGGGAAAGGAAGGCCGGAAGGUUCUUGUGCUUGAAAGGGACCUCACUGAGCCAGACCGCAUAGUUGGGGAGUUGCUGCAACCGGGGGGCUUCUUGAAGCUGGUUGAUCUGGGGUUGGAAGAUUGUGUGGAAGAGAUCGAUUCUCCCGAGAUCUUUGGCUACGCAAUGUUCAAGGACGGGGGGGAGUGCAAGGUCGCAUACCCCCUCAAGAAUGGGAAGAAGGUCGUGGGGCGCAGCUUCCAUAAUGGGCGCUUUGUGAUGCGGAUGCGGGAGAAGAUUGGCAAAAUGCCAGGGGUGGUCCUAAAGCAAGCGACUGUCAGCAAGCUCAUCGAGGACGACCAUACAGUCAAAGGAGUCGAGUACCGAGUUGGCGAGGCGGGCGAGAGCACGUCCCAGGUUUUUGCGCCCCUUACAAUUGUCUGCGACGGCUGCUUUUCCAGACUACGGAAGUCACUAUCAUCUUCGAAGCCUUCUUCUACGUCCGAUUUUGUGGGCCUCAUCUUGGAAAAGGCCGACCUGCCGUAUCCCAACCAUGGGCACGUUGUCUUGGGAGACCCAUCUCCAGUCCUCUUCUAUCCGAUCAGCAGCACGGAGGUGCGGUGUCUCGUGGACGUCCCCACGGGGCAGGUGAAGGCCGUCGGCUGCGCCUCGCUGCCUGAGUACCUCUCUCAGCACGUCGCCCCCCAGCUUCCAGAGCAGCUGAAGGCGCCUUUCUUGGCGGCGGUGGAGAAGGGCGACAUCCGCAAGAUGCCGAACCAGAGCAUGGCCGCCAACCCCAUGACGACGCCUGGAGCUCUCUUGCUUGGAGAUGCGUUCAACAUGCGUCACCCGCUGACGGGGGGUGGGAUGACGGUCGCGCUUUCCGACAUCGCCGUGCUUCGGGACAUGUUGCGCCCACUGCCAGACUUCACUGACGUCACAGCGCUGUCCAGCUACACCAAGGCGUUUUACACAAGGAGAAAGCCGGUGGCGGCCACGAUCAACACGCUGGCGGGCGCGCUCUACAAGGUCUUCUGCGCGUCGUCUGACGAGGCGAUGGAAGAGAUGCGCCGGGCGUGCUUCGACUACCUCAGCCUGGGCGGGGUCUUCUCGGAAGGGCCGGUCGCUUUGCUGUCAGGGUUGAACCCCCGGCCACUAAGCCUGGUGUGCCACUUCUUCGCCGUGGCCGUGUUUGGGAUCGGACGGCUGAUGCUGCCCUUCCCUUCGCCCAAGAAAAUUUGGAUUGGGGCCAGGCUCCUACGGGGUGCUGCGGGAAUCAUCUUGCCGAUCAUCCGGGCCGAGGGUAUCCGUCAGGUGUUCUUCCCCAACACGGUCCCCGACUUCUACAAGACUGCGCCAGUCAGCAAGUGACGUGGAUGUGUCGUGCAAAUGUACUCUGAUUAAAUAAAAAACGCACACAAGGUAUUGCAGCAGAUCGUCCAUGAGGAAGACAGGUGAAGUUCUGAAGUGGAACGCUACCUUGAAAGAUAUCGAAUUUGGAUGUUCGAUAUUCCAUUCAUGCAUCUGAGUACGUAUACCGUUGGCCGCAGAUCGUUGAGGGCAGUACCGUACGUCGAUCUACAUGCACAAUUGAUCAACUGGCAAACCGUGUCCAUACCAUGUUGAUUGGUCGGACUCGACCUUCCUUCAAAGCCACUAGUUUGAGUCGAGCCAGCUAAUUG